AUGGCACUACUAAGGCGGCCGAAGAAGACUCUCUGGCCCACCGAAGAGCCAACUGGCAAACACGUAAAUAUAUCCCCCUUCCUCUCUCCAUUCUUACCUAGCAUCUAUUACAGUACAGUACAUGAAAUACAAAGCCCUACUAUAUUGCUAUAACAACAUCAAAGCUGUUGCUGAUAAGAUGGACACCCACACCUUCUGGUCAAUAUUGGCGGCGAAUCGCUUUUUAUACCAAAGAGCUUUUAUGGUUGUAUUUGAGGAGGAUUAUUACACAGAUAAGGGCUGGGUGAUCCGCAAAGUUUUGUUUUACGGUCCAACGGAGCUUACGAGGGCGAUGUGGAUAAGCGGGUAUUGUAAGCAAGAUGAAGAGAUGAACUGGGAUGCAGGAUUGGAGAAGCUUACUGGUUUGAUGCUGCGGUCGAGAGCUAAGGAUAAGUCCGAGGACAAGACGAUGUAUGGUUGGGUUAACAUUGAGGGGUAUACGAGGCUCUAUCAGAUUGAUGUGGGACAACAGAAAUGUAUUGAUUUGGAGGAUACGGGGGGGGAGAGCUUAUGA